UCAUGAUGAGUACACGGACGGUCAUGCGGGGCCGCAUCGAAUACCCCGUCGACGGCUGGGUCUCCCUGAAAUGUCUGCGGGACGCCGUGGAGGAGGAAGACUUCGUCUACAAGAAGGGAAAGGUUAGGAGCGCAAGCGCGGCCAAGACCACGCACGACCAAGGCACUGUCCACGUGCUAGUAGAGACGGAUGAGAGCGAUGGUAAUGGCGAGCCCGGCUUGAGACAGGAUGCCAAGCCACACAAAAGGAUGCAAGGGAUGAAUGCAUUUGCACGCGCAGCCACCGAAAAUCUCGACGAGUCUCGGGAACCACUGCACGCAGAGGCCGCAGUAGCGUGCAAGUUCGUCAUCGAAGCCGCUAGGUGUGUCGCGCAGGGCGGACGAUCACUUUACGAGGCCCUCGGAGUUGAGGAGAUGGCGUCAGUGGGCGACAUUAAGCUAGCAUACCGCUCUCUCGCCAAGCUCCAUCACCCCGACCGCAAUAAUUCUGAGGAAAGCUCGACGAUCAUGGCGCACCUGAAUGAUGCGUACGAAGUCCUUGUCGACGACGCCCAGCGGCAUUCCUACGACAGCGCUGUCUUGCGACUUCGCGAAGAAAGGCAAUCAGGAGCAGCUUCGCGCUGAACCGCGGGCACUAGAGUCCAUCGUUCUGAGGAAGCAUGGUCUCUAUUGGACGAUAUCUCGCAUAGCAGUCUUAGCUGGUGCCAUCGGACGAGUCAAAUUUGAGGUAGUCCUGGCGCUUGGCCGCCGGAGGUUGGCGGACUCCCACUGACUGCAAACUUCGAGAAAAAAUAGGUACAAUCACUUAGGGGUCAUUUUACUCCGCUGACGCUACUUAAAACAACGCCCUG